ACUUCGUUGGACAUCGUCAUUAUCUUGUCCUGCGGGUCAGUGGGUUUUACGUAGCGGCACAGAUUUCUCCUUGUUACGUAUCUGCCUGUUGAUUUUGUACCUUUAAGCGAUUUGGUUCCACAAACACCCCUAGCACGAUGUCGACAGGGUCUGAGACGGUCACUUUACCAAGUGGCUCGUCACGGCCCAACUUCUCUCGUCUUGAUUUCCCCUUCGAAAAUAGACUCAAUUGGCGAGCCCAAAGCCUGAGAGAGAGAAGCCUUCCAUUAACCGCAAACACAGUAGACAAAAUGGCAACUCAACGUGAUCGUCGCGAAAGCAGUGAGCAGUACCAGAGUACCACAUCUGGGAGUACUAUUGCUCGAUCCAUGUCUCGCUACCGUAGGCGGGCAGGUAGCGUUGCUGUCAACGUCGAUGCAACCCAAAAAAUUAAUUCCGAUCCACCACCCCCAUGGGAACCUCCGAUAGCCCCCCCUGUGCCAACUAUACCACGUCGGUUAAGGACCGCCAGCAUGACACAAAAGGGGAGUGACGCCCCGACUACCGCGCUCGAUUCUCCUCUGCGACAUCAGAUGCGCCAUACUGAGAGCACGCGAAGGCAUACGCUGCAUCGAAGUAUGGCAGAUCAAUAUCAGAGCCGUCCCAGCACGGCGAAAAGCGCAAAGAGCGAAGAGAGCGGAUGGCGCAGGCUUGCUAGUCGAGAUGGGCGACGGAACAGGCUAAACAGCGGGGAGGAUGACGAGGCGUUAAGACGAGAAGUUGCGCGCUUAGAGGCCGAAAACCAUCGACUAUUAAUCGAGCAGAAGAGGAAGGACCUCCAAAGGUUAGAAGUGGAGUUAGCGAACAGUCCAAGGCCGUCAUUUCAAGCGCAUUCACCCAAGCUGAGAAGUCCUGUAAUUGAAAAGUUCGUCCUCUUGACCAAGGGGCGGAAAAGUAGGGAUGGAUUAUCUCCUGGGCUUUCUCCAACAUCCUCAACCACCAGUGUCGAACCCACGAAAACUCAACCAACCGGAAUAGAGCCUGGCGGAAGAGGCAUUGUGCCACAGACGGAUGCGCCUCACUCUGCGAUCAAUGCUGGAGAACGAAAUGUCGCGGUGCGCUAUAGACAGCAUACUUUUAGUGUGGAGGUCACCCCCGAAACGACUGCGGACGAUAUAAUAGCCUACGCCUUUAAGAUGAUGGGUUCUAGCGAUAUUAAUCCGUCGAAUUACGUUGUCAAGGAAACUUAUGGCGUACUGGGUCUUGAGCGCCGUUUACGACGCUACGAGCAUAUUCGAGACGUCAUGAAUUCUUGGGAUCGAGAUACUCAAAACCAAUUGACAGUAGCAUUAUCCGAAUCCGAAGCACAGGGUUGGGAGUUAGACAUGGACUCAGUUCCAAGCCUCGACGAACCACCGCAAGGUUUCCAAUUAUACAUGUACCACUCAAACCGCCCCGGGAAGUGGAACAAGAGAUGGAUCACCCUUCUUGAAAAUGGACAGAUAAUCUGUGCGAAGAAGCCGAACGCCAACUCAACCGACAAGGAUACCGCGAGCUUAUGUCGCCUAUCCGACUACGAUAUCUAUACACCUACAGAGUCACAGAUGCGGAGGUAUAUCAAGCCACCCAAGCGAUAUUGCUUCGCGGUGAAGAGUCAACAGAAGACCAACGUCUUUAUGAAUACUGAGAACUAUGUCCAGUAUUUCUGUACGGAAGACCCUAAAAUUGCGGCCCAAUUUAGGGAAAAGGUACAGGGUUGGCGCAGCUGGUACCUUGUGGAUCGUAGGCCAGCAGCCCCGAAACCAUCGAGGAAAAUCUCGAUCAGGAAGACGGACGAUAAACCGCCUCAAAUAACAUCCCCUUCGAUCGCUCAGGCUCCAAAGAAGUCAGCGAAUGUCGCUUCGAUAAAUGGCCACCGUCUCCAAGUGUCAGUUGAUGAAACGCCGUAUGCCAUUGGCCAGUUUGAGCCGCUUCUCGACAUGAAGCGCUUUGAUAAGCGAUUAUCUCAGUUCGGACAGGAUUUCUUACCACCUGUGCCGGAUAUAUCGACCAUGCCAAAGGAAAUUCCUUCCCAUCACCUCAAUUCUAAUACGACGACCGAGAAGAUAGACAGGAACAGCAAGAACGAGCGGAAAUUGAUAGACAAAAUUAAUACAACAAUUGACGAUGGAUUCACCGGCAACGGUCUGCUUGGUGAAGGAUAUGAAGAGCGGAAACAUGCCCAUGUGGAAACAGAUCAGCCGGAGCGAGGGCGGCAAAGACACAGAAAUGAUGGGUUUACGGAGGGCCCUUCGCUGUUGAAUCGGAAGUCCGAACCCGAGACGCCGGUUGAAAAACCCGAAUCUCCUUGGUUCCCAUCAGCUCUUGAGCAUUCUGCAAGACAGCGCAGUGUCGGCUCCAUAUCCUCUUCCACACGCCCGAACACUUCUGCAGGCGUCAUCCGCACGCCUACACAUACGCAUACGCAUACCUACACACGAAGACCCUCUCUCUCAUCAUCAUCACGACCUCCGCCUCUCCCUUCAAGCAGUAAACCUCUAGUACAUGAACACCCGCACCCCCUUUCCUCACAACCGACUGGACUUUCGCACUCGAACCGUCGCGACCGGCCGAAACCACUGGUCAACUUGGAAGACAACACCUUCCAAGAAGCACCACAGUGGGCGAGGAAAAGUACUGGCCAUGGCGUCAAAGCCCCUGCUGGCACGGCCCAUCUAGUCGACCUUAUUGCUGUCUCGAACCCAAGCAAGCAGAGCGGGGAUCCCGAAAUCCCGCCGCGAAGCGCCCUCCGCCGCCCUCCUCACACAGCCCCCAUCCCUAGCCUUUCUCGGACUAGGAGCAAAACUCAAGGCGCACCUCCCCCAAGAACCCCAGUAGGGGGAAACGUUCCCCCUGUCCCGUCUCUGCCUGGACGCGGUGGUGACCGGGAGCAAUUCGGGUUGAAUCCACCGCCACGAAGCAGAGAUCGGGAACGAGAAAGAGAACGAGCAAGAGAACGAGCAAGGGAGAAAGAACGCGAGUAUAGCUCCUAUAAUUCUGUGCCCGGCAGGACGGGCACUUUGAAAGUGGUAUAAUGACAUAUUUACGAAACUACCUACCUACCUAUAUAUUACACCAUCUAAUCCUUAAUAUCGCGCCGAACGUCGCAUAUUUACUUUGUCAAACUCA